AACCCCUCAAGGUGUGCUGGAGCUUGUCAACUCUCCUGUGCCCUCCAUCUCCAUCGCCCCGUUGGCGCCCGCCACUCCCUCCCUCAACUCCCUGCCCACCCCUCUUCUCCCUUCUCAGUCCACUGCCCCGGUACAUGUAUGCCUGAGUUCAAGAUCUCCGCUUCUCUGGAGGGCCAUGGCGAUGAUGUUCGCGCCGUGGCCUUUCCCAACCCCAAUGCCAUAUUCUCAGCCUCUCGAGAUGCGACCGUCCGACUCUGGAAGCUAGUGUCAACCCCGCCUCCCGCCUAUGACUACAACAUCACCUCUCACGGCCAGGCCUUUAUCAACGCCCUGGCCUACUACCCGCCAACCCCCGAAUUCCCCGAUGGCCUCGUCCUCUCCGGCGGACAAGACACCAUCAUCGAAGCUAGACAACCAGGCAAGGCUGCCGAUGAUAACGCGGAUGCCAUGCUCUUAGGCCACACUCAUAAUGUCUGUGCACUGGAUGUGUCACAUGAAGGUGGAUGGGUGGUGAGCGGAAGCUGGGAUUCCACAGCCAGACUAUGGAGGGUCGGGAAAUGGGAGUGUGACGUUGUUCUGGAGGGUCAUCAGGGAAGCGUGUGGACGGUACUUGCUUAUGACAAGGAUACAGUCAUCACGGGCUGCGCAGAUAAGGUGAUCCGUAUAUUCAACACGUCUGGCAAGCUGCUCCGGAGUAUCAAAGAUUCUCAGGACGUUGUCAGAGCCCUCUGCAAGGUUCCCGCAUCAAGUCCCACUGGCGCUCAUUUCGCUUCUGCCAGCAACGACGGUGUGAUUCGACUCUUCACUAUACAAGGCCAACUCCUAGGGGAGGUCCAUGGCCAUGAAAGCUUUAUCUACUCUCUGGCUGCCUUGCCUUCGGGUGAGUUGGUCAGUUCCGGAGAAGACCGGACGGUGAGGGUGUGGAACGGCACACAGUGCGUACAGACGAUUACGCACCCGGCGAUCUCGGUCUGGAGUGUUGCGGCUUGUAGCGAUAACGGCGAUAUAGUCACGGGCGCUAGUGAUCGGGUCACGCGCGUCUUUAGCAGAAACCAGGAGAGAAUCGCAAGUGCUGAAGUAGUGCAGCGGUUCGAGACGGCUGUGAAGGAAUCGUCCAUCCCAGAGCAGCAAGUCGGGAAUAUUAACAAAGAUAAACUUCCCGGCCCCGAGUUUCUCAGGCAGAAGUCCGGCGUCAAGGAUGGUCAGGUGCAGAUGAUUCGUGAGACGGAUGGGAGUGUUACGGCCCACACCUGGUCGGCGGCGUCACAGGAAUGGAUCGCAGUUGGCACAGUUGUUGAUUCCGCGGCGAGCAGCGGGAGGAAGAUCGAGUACCUCGGCCAAGAUUACGACUACGUGUUCGAUGUUGAUGUGGAGGACGGCAAACCUCCUCUCAAAUUGCCAUUUAACGUCUCCCAGAACCCUUACGAAGCUGCAACGAAAUUUAUCCAGGACAACGAACUGCCGAUGACCUACCUUGACCAGGUGGCGCAAUUUAUUGUUCAGAACACACAAGGCGCGACUCUUGGUCAGCCUUCACAGGAGCAAACACCCGCAGGUGCUGAUCCCUGGGGCCAAGAGAGACGUUACCGUCCUGGCGAGACGCAAUCGCAAUCGCAGUCGCAGUCGCCCCCCGCCCCCGAUGCCCGCCCGAAGGUCCUUCCGCAGAAGUCAUAUCUCUCCAUCAAGUCAGCCAAUCUCAAAGUGAUCGCCAAGAAGCUACAGGAGCUCAACGCGCAAGUGGUGUCUUCUGGGUCGAAAGACCUGUCGCUAAAUCCCUCUGAAUUGGAGACGGUGGCAACUUUGUGCGGUGAUCUGGAGUCUUCUCGUCUUGACCAGUCCACAGAAUUGGAGUCUGGCGUGGUCCUGUUAUACAAGGCCGCAACAGUCUGGCCCGUCGCAAGCAGACUACCCGGCCUGGACCUCCUUCGUUUGUUCGCAGCUGCGACUCCCGCGAUUGCUACUGCAGACUACGACGGAAAUGAUCUGAUCACCGGGCUCCAAUCCAGUGGAGUGUUCGAUUCCCCCCUCAAUGUCAACAAUGCUAUGUUGACGAUCCGCAUGCUCGCCAAUCUGUUCGAAACGAGUGCUGGUCGCGAACUUGUCAGUAGCCGGUUCGACCAGGUUCUGCAUGGUGUCAAAUCCGCCUUGUCCAACAGCGGAGCGACACCGAACCGGAAUCUCACCAUUGCAGUCACAACUCUCUACAUCAACCUCGCUGUUUACCUGACAUCCGAGGGCAGGGAGUCUGUGCCCGAGUCGUCAGAACGGGGUCUGGUGCUCCUUGGCGAGCUGGCCACGAUGAUCCAGGGCGAGAAGGACUCCGAGGCAGUGUACCGUGGUCUUGUCGCGCUGGGAACGCUAGUCAAGGGGCUUGGUGAAGAAGUGAGGUCUGCUGCCAAGGAGGUCUACGAUGUCGGUGAUGUGCUAAAGAACAUUUCGUCCUCUGGUCUUGGGAAGGAACCAAGAACCAAGGGCAUCAUCGUUGAGAUAACGGAGUCCUUGUCAUGAGGAUUGGUGGUUUAGGUCUGGUUCCCGACACCUUUAAUCUCAUGAAGCAUUCGUGUUCUGCUUCCAUACUGCUGCUAUCUAUAGCACGUUUACACCCUUAGUUUACGAUAGCGAUGCACACUACACUGCAUGGAUUUCUACACCUC